UUAAUUUAAUACAUUUCUAAUACAGAUGAUCUUUUAUAGUAUAGUAAAGGUUAGGAUAGCCAUUCUUGCCUAACUGAAUCCUCUAUAUUCUCUCAAUAUAAAUCUCUAGUAGGUCUAGAUCUAAGCAUUUAACUUCAUUCAAUGUAACAAGCUCACUCCAAACAUUUGUCCAUUUAUUCUCUAUUAAAAAAACAACAAACAAACAAAUAUAAUAUAAGAUCAUUAACAGUGAUGUCCAAAACUGGCUGUCCGAAAUAAAUUUUGGUAAGAAAAUCGUAAUUUAAUUUAGACACCCUAUUAAUUUUUUUUUUUAAUGGAAUCAAACAACUUGGCUUAUGAAUCAAAUAAAUCAGCUCCAAAAACAGAAUAAAUAUUGCCGGACUCAUUAGUAUAGACUUGACCAAAUAUAGUCUUAACUCUAGCCAAUCAAAAAAUAAAUCUAGGAAGAGGUAAAGUCAUCCGGGUAACAUAGGAAAAAACAACAACCUGACUAACAAAUUUGAAAUUCGUUUUUCUUACAUAAAAAGACAGCUAAAUGGAAGGAAAUUGGAUCAUGGCUCUUGCAUUUUGUUCAAAGAAAAUAGUGACAGGCUUGAAACUGGUCAUUAAUGCAUCCCAGAGACAGUCAGCUAGUCAGUUAGAUAUGUUGACAUAUCUAAUCAAUGGGAAAAAAGUUCACAGUGGAAAUAACAUUUUGCAAACAACAUUUUCAGAUAUAAAUGCCAAUCUCUUAACAUCAGAGGAAAAAUGCAGUAACUUCAUCAGAUAUUAUAAAACCAUCUCACCAGAUGAACAAGAGAUUUUGCUAUGUAACCUGGCUAGAAAUUAUGGAAUAGACACUCAAAAUGUGGUUGCUGUGCUAAAUGCAGCUCUCUCUGGUCAGGACAGGGGACAGAUGCAAAUACUAGCAUCAUCAGAAAGAAUGCGUCAGGCCUUAAAACCUAAAUUUAAGCUUCUUUUUUCACAUAUUGGAAAAGUAAAAGAUGGAGUCAAAUUUCUGGUGGAUCUUCGAGCAGAUGUUCUUAAAUUCAGACAGAAGGAUCAGACUGAAUUGAAUGGUGUCCUUUAUCAAGAGCUAAACACAGCAUUGAGAGAUCUCCUCUUGCUCUGGUUCACUGUUGGAUUGUUAAACUUAGAAAGAAUUACGUGGACUGCAUCAUGCGAUUUGGUGGAAAAGGUGUCAAUGUAUGAAGCUGUACACAAAGUCAAAAAUUGGGAAGAUAUAAAGAGGAGAGUGGGUCCCUAUCGACGCUGCUAUAUAUUUACUCACAGCAGUAUGCCCAGAGAACCUGUUGUAGUAUUACAUACAGCUUUGACCCAGGAGAUCUCGUCAAGUAUUCAAGGUAUUCUUAGAAAUGUCAGAUUGAGAUACUCAUCUAUAGCUGAUGACCAGACUAUAGGGAAAGGAUUAGAAUAUUUUUCAGGACUAGAUGAGAAGAAUGUUAGGCAAAGUGACUCUGAUAACAUGAAUUUCAACUCUGACACUGAGGAUCCAGAAUUAGUGAAAGCAGCCAUUUUUUAUUCUAUAACAUCUACACAAAAAGGUUUACAAGGUAUAGAUUUAGGUUACUAUCUAAUCAAAUCUGUUGUUUCAAAACUCAAGUCAGAGUUUCCAGAUUUAAGCCAGUUCUCAAGUUUGUCACCUAUACCAGGUUUCAGGGAUUGGCUUCUUUUAAAUCUAAAUAGAAGAGGUUCAGAAGCAGGUGAUCCUAUUUUAUACCCAAGUGAGAUGGAAGCAUUAGCCAGAUACAAAUGGUUAGGUAGCAGUCCACCUUUGGAUAAAUUUAAGCACCUCAUUGUAUCACAUGAGUGGUACAGAGAUAAAGAAUUAAUGCAGGUCAUGAAAGUGCCAUUGAUGAGACUUUGUGCUCAGUAUUUGUAUAAACAAAAGAGACGAAACCUUGCUCUGAAUCCUGUUGCAAAUUUUCACCUUGGGAAUGGAGCUGUAUUAUGGCGUAUAAAUUUCCUUGCUGAUACUUCACUCAAUGGUCUUAAUCGAUCAUGUACCAUGAUGGUCAACUAUCGAUACUAUUUAGAAAAUGCUGAUGCAAACAGUAGAAAUUAUCUUGAAAACUUCCAAAUUAAUGCUUCUAGUGAUGUACUGGACUUGUUGAAAGAGCCAAAAUAAACUCUGCCUAGGAAUAAUUUAUUUACUUCUUUUUUUCUAUAUGUUUCUAUAUCCAGCAUGUAAAGAGAAACAAAUUGUCUAUAUUUCUGAACUGUGUGCAUUUUUUACACCAUCAAAUGGAUCUAAAAAAUUUAAACAAAAUAUCAACUUCAAUAUAUGAAAACUUAUGUAUUUCAUUUUUAAAAUUAGUACCGGUAUUCUAAUUGUUUUGCUAACAUUUAUGCAAAUAUUAAAACCUCAAUGAAUAUUUAUAAUAAUUUAUAAUUUUUUUUUUUUAUAUUACAUACAAAACAUUUAAUCUCUCUCUCUCUGUAUAUAUAUAUAUAACUAGUCAUAAAUGUUAUUGCAGUAAAAUAAUUAGAGCAAAGUUCAAGAGAAUGUUAAUAAUGUAAUAUAUAUAUUUAUAUAUUUCAAGCUAAAUUAUUUUAUAUAUCAUGUUAUACUUUUAAUUGUCCUAAGAUUAUUAUCUUUUAUAAAUUUAUAGUUUUCUAUUUGUUUUUGAGAGAAUAGUGUUUGGUCCAACAAAAUUUAAUUAUUAUUGACAUAUUAGAAUGUUGAUUUUAACAUUAUUUAGAUAUUUUAAAUAUUUAAAAAAUAUAUAAAUUCACUUUCUCACUGACAGUUUUUAUUUUUGAAAUCCUAGUGUAUUGACAAUUUUAGUUGCAAUAGAUAUUACAGUAUCUAUCCUUUAACCUUGAAUAGAUUACAUUUAUUUGAUGAGCUCAAAAUUUUGUUUUUAAAAUUAGAAUACCCUAUGUUUAUUCUAGAGACAAGAUUGAAUCACAUUACUUGAGAAUAAGUUUUUCAAUAAAUUUUAUGGCUAAUAAACAGAAUCUGUGAUAUUAUUUAUCAUCCAUGUUUACCUGUACACCCACAAGUAGAGUUAUCUCUAACUUGGGGCUAAAGUGUUGAUUCAUACAAUUUGGAUAGUUUCUGUUCAUUAUCACUGACGUUUGUAUUUCAUUUGGCUAUAUAAAAUAAUAAUAGUGUUGGUCAAAAAGCAGGUGUUGAUUUAUGAUGAUUACAUGAUUAUUCUAGAAAUAGUAUCAAGAGUUUCAGGAGAAUUUAUGAAAGAUAAACAUGGUGUAUUUAAUUUGUAUUAUGUCUGUAUUUUCUUUUUUGCCUGACUUUCAUGAAAUGAUAUAUUUGAUAAAAGUUGCCUAAAAGACUUAAACAAAAAAAAAUACAUUUACAUCAAAUAUCA